UCGCGCGAUCCUGCCCGUGAGCAAACUCCCAACUCAUCUCUGCUCAUCUCUGGUCACACUUUUGUUACUUGUUGCCACCGCUUAUGUGAAAACGUGGUUCCCCAUAUAAAUAAGCGAAAACAUAACGUAAUUACGUGUUAACAAGUUCCCGUAAACGUUUCUUUUUUUUCAGUGAGAAUGUAUAUUUUAAAGUAUUAUGGCCAAAUAGUUCGUAUAUUUUAAUUUUUCGAAAAAAAAUUUAAACUCAAAUAUUUAAUAUUGGUAAUAAAUAUGAGGAUAUUUAACACACGUAAACGUAAAGAUAGAGGUUAACCAAGAGGUCGCGUUGAUGGUAAUGGACACGUCAUUGUUGGAUUUACACUCAGAUAAUUGCAUGGUACAUACUACAAAAGUUCAUAAAAAUACAGGAAUUCAAUCAAGUUAGGGAACAAUGGAGACGCUUUAUCAUCAAACGAAUAAACUAGUUCAAGAAACUCAGCAUCUGUUCUCGCAACUGGAAAGAAAACCACCUAACCUGGAUUCAGUAGCCAUAGAAAAUGACAUAGAAUCAAAAAUCAAUAAAAUCAACAGUAAUUGCGAGAAACUUGACAUUCUUUGUCUGAAAGGUCCAGCAUCGCAGAGGCAAAAUGCUAAAAUGCGAGUUGACCAACUUAAAUACGAUAGUCGUCAUUUGAAUGCUGCCUUGAAUUCAUGGAGACACCAGCAGAUGAAAAAACAGAGAGAAGAGGCCGAUAGAGAGGCACUUUUAUCAAGGAAGUUUACUCCUAACGAUCAUGUAGACAUUUUAAUCGAACCUAACGCGCAAUACAAUGGUAGCUUGAACAAUGCAGUUUAUGGUGUAGACAAUCUUAUUCAACACGGGUCUAGCAUUUUGGACAAUCUGAGGUCACAACGAAUGUCCUUGAAGGGGGCACAUAAACGUCUAAUAGAUAUCGGUAACACUUUAGGACUUUCAAAUACAACGAUGAGACUAAUCGAAAAAAGAGCACGACAAGAUGGUUUCAUUCUAGUCGGUGGAAUGCUUUUUACAUGUUUCAUAAUAAUCCUUGUCAUAAUUUAUGUCGCGUGAUCGUUCAUUAUGACGCUACGAAAACUGUACAUAUUGUUAAGUAAACAUAAGAAUUCAGAGGAUGACCACGAACUUACGAAGUGAUAAUUAGAAACGGCUGGAAUUGUACGUUAUCGUAUUAAAAUUUCAUAAACAAAUCUGAUAACAGGAGUAUGUAAAAGUUAAAGUGGUAUACUACAUUGCAAAUGAAUAUACAUACAUAAAUUGUA